AUGCGCUCAGUCGCCAUUCUGACGGCGCUGUCUUUGGGGGGCGUCCUCGCGUCUCCGGCUUUGUCUCGCCCUGCCGCUCGUGACACCUCGGACAACCCGUUCGAAGGCCGCAAGCUCUUCAUCAGCCGCGCCUACGCGGCGCAGCUCGAGCAGACGUUCGACACCUUCAUCGAGGCCAAUGACACCGAAAAUGCGCUGAAAGUACGCUACGUCCAGGACAACGGCGGCACAUUUGUCUGGGCACCCAGCAUCAGCGGGCUCGGUGCACUCGACGUGGCCAUCUCGGCAGCCCGCGCAGAGCAGAACCAGGGUGGCGUCGAGCAGAUUGUCGGCCUCGUCCUGUACAACCUGCCAAAUCGCGACUGUAGUGCUGGCGAGAGCGCCGGUGAGUUGACGGGACAAGACGGUCUUCGGCGCUACAGAGACGAGUAUGUCAACGCAUGGGCCGAAAGGCUGAGCCGUGCCUCGGACUUGACCUUUGCCGUCGUCAUCGAGCCUGACGCGAUCGGCAACAUGGUGACGAACCAAGGCAUCGAGGCCUGUGCCGUCGCCAAGCCCAUCCAGGAAGAGGGCAUCGCCUAUGCUCUGAAGACGCUCCAGCUGCCCAAUGUCAACCUCUACCUUGACGUCUCCCACGGUGGGUGGCUUGGCUGGCCCGAUAAUCUGGUCCUCACGGCCAAACAAGUCGCCAAGAUUGUCCGCCUCGCAGGCAGCGGCACCAAGAUCCGCGGUUACACGACCAACGUCUCCAACUACAACCCGUUCCACGCCGAGGUCCGCGAGGACUACACGGACCGCGUGCACCUCCCGGGGGCGCGGGAGGAGUGGGGUGAGUGGUGCAACGUGUGGCCUUCGGGUCUGGGCCCGACACCAACGUCGGACGUCGAUAGCCCUUAUGUCGACAGCCUCGUCUGGGUCAAGCCACCGGGCGAGAGUGACGGCCAGUGCGGCAAGCCGGGGGCGCCUCGUGCUGGAGCCUUCUUUAACGAGUACAUGCGCAUGUUAAUCGAGAAUGCGCACCCUGAUGUCGUGCCGGCGGAUUCGCUCGAGAGGCCGACGCAGCCGUGGUGGUAG